ACUGUCACGUGACCCGCGGCGAGGCCGGCUGAGGUCGAGCUGGGUUUUGUGUGUGGGGUGCCGCGGCCAGCCGAGGGCUCGGUGUGGCUUCCGGCCCUUCUCCUGCCGCGGGCCACUCGGAGGCACGUGCAGGGCGGGGAAGGCUUGCCCCUCCUCCUGUGGGCCCGCGGCUCUCCAGUCCGAGAACGAGGCACACUUUUUCCAAAUCCUGAAGUAGUGAUUCUCCCCCCUCGCCGCCAUGUUGGUGCCCGAGCGCGCCCGCGAGAUGCUAGUGGGUCUGUAUCGCGAGAUCUCCCGGCUCUCGCGGGACCUUGUUGGCAGAGCGGUUGUGCUGGAUGGCGGAUCCCCGGGUUCCGGGGACCUGGGACCUGCAACUCUUUUCCUGCAGGCAAGUGGUCAGGGAGGGGCCGGGGCGCGCGCCCGGCCUCCGGGAGCCUUGCCGCGCGCGCCGCCCGGUCGCCGGCGGCUGUGCGGACUGGCCGUCGGGCGCUGCGCUCCUCCCGCCCCCAGGCGCCCGCCACCUGCCGACAGCUCCCCCGCCGGCCCCGCGGCCAGCCCGCCCCGGCCGCCGGCACUGCCCGCUCUGCCGACGUGCCAGUUUUUGCCCAGUUACCCUUUUCUAAAGCAUUCCAGCCCUGUUUCCUCUUCUGUCGCCUCACAGAACGCCGGGCAUCUCUCCGUGUGUCUGGGCAUCACUUAGUUACUCACUUGGCCAUUGAGAAGUUCUCAGUGCCCUGGCUGUUGACAGUAGCUUUUGGCAAUGUUUGGAAUCCCCUUCUUCCCUGACAGUAUCUGAGAUAACAAGUUGUGCUAGUGCAUCUGUAUAAAUAAUUCCUGAAGUCUCAGUGUAACAUGGACAUUAACAGUGAUGACACAUAAACACAGAUGCUUGGGAAUUAAGUACUAGGCGAAACACUUCAAAAGAGAGGCGUUUAAGAGGUUCUAGUAUUCUCCGAGGUUGAAGCCGAGAGCCUGAAGCUUAAGCGCUAUUGUAGAUCAUAGCUUCAUCUCCUUCAGGAUAGAAGGAAAAGAAAGACUAUUUCCACAAUGAUAGAUCUUUGGUUAUACAGGUUUCCCAAUGAGUGGAUCAUGAUGACCGUAUGGUAGGGACUUGCCAUAGUAUGGCUGCUUCCCGAUCUACUCGUGUUACAAGAUCAACAGUGGGGUUAAACGGCUUGGAUGAAUCUUUUUGUGGUAGAACAUUAAGGAACCGUAGCAUUGCUCACCCAGAAGAGAUCUCUUCUCAUUCUCAAGUACGAUCAAGAUCACCAAAGAAGAGACCAGAGCCUGUGCCAGUUCAGAAAGGAAAUAAUAACGGAAGAACUUCUGAUGUAAAGCAGCAGAGUGCUCGAGAAGCAUGGGUCAGCCCUAGGAAAAGAAGACUUUCCUCUUCAGAGAAGGAUGACCUAGAAAGGCAGGCUCUAGAGAGCUGUGAAAGAAGGCAGACAGAGCCGGCACCCCCAGUCCUGAAGAACAGUAAACGCUGCCUUAGAGCUGAAGCCACAAACAGUUCAGAAGAAGAUUCACCUAUAAAACCAGACAAGGAGUCAGUAGAACAGAGGAGGACAGUAGUGGACCAUGAUGCAGAGUUUCAAGGGACUAAACGAGCUUGUCGAUGUCUUAUAUUGGAUGAUUGUGAGAAAAGGGAAAUUAAAAAGGUGAAUGUCAGUGAGGAAGGGCCACUUAAUGCUGCCGUAGUAGAAGAAAUCACAGGCUAUUUGACUGUCAAUGGUGUUGAUGACAGUGACUCAGCUGUUAUAAACUGUGAUGACUGUCAGCCUGAUGGGAACACUAAACAAAAUAGCACUGGUUCUUAUGUGUUGCAGGAAAAAUCAGUAGCUGGAAAUGGGGAUUCAGAAACCCAGACUCCAAUGUUCUUUGGUAGUAGAAAGGAGGACAGUUGUAUAGACCGUCUCGUGCCUUGCACAAAGUCAGAAGUGCAGGUCAAGUUGGAGGACCACAAACUAGUAACUGCCUGUCUCCCUGUGGAACGUUGUAAUCAGCUGACUACCGAGCCAGCAUCGGGCCCUGAAAUUCAGUCAUCCUUAAGAGAUUCUGAGGAGGAAGUAGAUGUGGUGGGAGAUAGCAGUGUCUCAAAAGAGCAGUGUGAUGAGAACAGCAGUGACCCUCUGGACACAGACACUGAAAACAUGCCAGUCUCUGCAGAGCCAGAGCUGUCCUCUGUGCUAGACUGUGCUUCGGCUCAAAUGACAUCUUUAUCUGAACCUCAAGAACACCGAUAUACCCUGAGAACUUCACCUCGAAGGGCUGCUCCGACCAGAGGUAGUCCCACUAAAAACACUUCUCCUUGCCGAGAAAACGGACAGUUUGAGGAGAAUAAUCUCAGUCCCAGUGAAACAAAUACAACUGUUAGUGGUAAUGUAAGUGAGUCUCCCACAAAUCCUGUUGAGAUUUCUCAGAAUGAGAAGGUUCUCUGUUGUGACUCUGAAAACUACGGAAGUGAAGGACUGAGUAAGUCACCCUCAGAGGCCAGAAUGAAUGUUGGACAUUUGCCAUCUGCCAAAGAGAGUGCCAGUCAGCACACUGCAGAAGAGGAAGAAGAUGACCCUGAUGUUUAUUACUUUGAAUCAGAUCAUGUGGCACUGAAACACAACAAAGAUUACCAGAGACUGCUACAGACCAUUGCUGUCCUUGAGGCUCAGCGUUCUCAAGCAGUCCAAGACCUGGAAAGUUUAGGCAGACACCAGAGAGAAGCACUCAAAAAUCCUAUUGGAUUUGUGGAAAAACUUCAGAAGAAGGCCGAUAUAGGGCUUCCAUACCCACAGAGAGUUGUUCAGUUGCCUGAGAUUGUGUGGGACCAGUAUACCAACAGCCUUGGGAACUUUGAAAGAGAAUUUAAAAAUCGCAAAAGACAUACUAGGAGAGUUAAGUUAGUUUUUGAUAAAGUAGGCUUGCCUGCUAGACCAAAAAGUCCUUUAGAUUCUAAGAAGGAUGGAGAGUCCCUUUCUUACUCCAUGUUGCCUUUGAGUGAUGGUCCAGAAGGCUCCCAUAAUCGUCCUCAGAUGAUAAGAGGUCGCCUGUGUGAUGACACCAAACCUGAAACAUUCAACCAGCUGUGGACUGUUGAGGAACAGAAAAAACUUGAACAGCUUCUCCUGAAAUACCCUCCUGAAGAGGUAGAGUCUCGGCGGUGGCAGAAGAUUGCAGAUGAGCUGGGCAACCGGACAGCCAAGCAGGUUGCCAGUCGUGUACAGAAGUAUUUCAUAAAGCUAACUAAAGCCGGCAUUCCAGUUCCAGGCCGAACACCUAACUUAUAUAUAUACUCUAAAAAGUCUUCAACAAGCAGACGACAGCACCCUCUUAAUAAGCACCUCUUUAAACCUUCCACUUUCAUGACAUCACAUGAGCCGCCAGUGUAUAUGGAUGAAGAUGAUGACCGGUCCUGUUUUCAUGGCCACAUGAACACUGCUGUGGAAGAGGCAUCCGAUGAGGAAAGCAUUCCUAUCAUGUAUAGGAGUUUACCUGAAUAUAAAGAACUAUUACAGUUUAAAAAGUUAAAAAAGCAGAAACUUCAGCAAAUGCAAGCAGAAAGUGGGUUUGUGCAACAUGUGGGCUUUAAGUGUGAUAACUGUGGUGUAGAGCCUAUCCAGGGUGUCCGGUGGCACUGCCAGGAUUGUCCUCCAGAAAUGUCUUUGGAUUUCUGUGAUUCUUGUUCAGACUGCCCACAUGAAACAGAUAUUCACAAGGAAGACCACCAGUUAGAACCUGUGUAUAAGUCAGAGACAUUCUUAGACAGAGACUACUGUGUGUCCCAGGGCACUAGUUAUAGUUAUCUUGACCCCAACUACUUCCCAGCCAACAGAUGACAUGGAAGAGUGUCAGCACUAGUUCUCGCCAACACAGCAAUGGCCUCAUUGUUGAUGGGGUGCUCAGUUUGGACACUCACAGCAUGAGAGCUCCCCGAGUGUUCUCGUCAAGUACAGCUCUGCACCGUGUGGCUGUAGAUCAGCAGCUGAACAUUCCUGGUGAGCUGAGAGUUUCCCUGGUGAAAUUUUCACCACCACUCUAAAGCCGUGUAGGUGGUGAUCUUAAAUGGGUGAGAUGGAAUCGAGAACACGCAUUCAUGCGUGAGUAAAUUCCAAAGGUUUCAAAGACCUCAGUCAUAACAUGAUGGUGAAAGACAAAGUAUUUCUAUUAAAUCAGUUCAGUAGCUUUCAGUUUUGUGAAAAUAGUUGUCAGCGCAGAAACUGACUUAUAGACGAAGUUUUAACCAGUGAUGGUGUUUGCUUCUAGGAUGUGUACUCUAAAAGAACUCACUGUCCGGUGGUCACUGAGGGCCUUUAGUAGACUGGAGCUGCUUAACGGUUUGAUACCUAACUUUUAAUCACGAUGAACAACUGUUCUUACCAAAAGCAAAGCACGAGGUAGCUGUGCUUUGCUUCUGUAACCAGCUCAUGGGGUGUGGAUGUCAUGAAGUUGUCACGCAGAUAUAUUUUUUAAAUGUCAUGUUAUAUAAGAUGAUCAUGUGAUGUGUACAGACGAUGGUGAAAAGUGCCAGUGGUAGUAACUGUGUAAAGUCUGAUUCACAACAUUAACCCUUUAAUACACAGCCUUCUGCCUCUGUAUUUGGAGUUGUCAGUACAACUCGUCAAAGAAAACUGCCUAAUAUAAAAAUCAUAUAUAUGGUGAUAAUUUUUCCCUCUUUUGUAGUCUGCACAAGGUCCAUAAAAGAUUGUAUUUUUAUUACUAUUUAAUGAGUGAUUAAAUGUAGUCUGCACAGUGAGCAAGAGUUCACAAGCAUUCUUUUAUACUGCUGGAUUUUGUUGUGCAUCAUUUAAAACAUUUUGUAUGUUUCUUAUCUGUGUAUACAGUAUGUUCUUAAAUAAUGUUCAUUUGUCGGGAGAACUGUGAGAAAUAAACUAUGUGGAUAUGUUUGUUUAUAUUAUAGAAUGCUUGUUGUGGCUUCCUUUUUCAACAAGUGUUAAAACUAGAAUUUAUGACUUCAAAGUCUGUUUUUCAUCUGUAUUUGCUUUCUGUUCUUUAUAAAGGGUGAAGACUGUAUUAUGGAAAAGAGCUUGCUGCCUGAUAGAGGUGUCAGUGUUCUCCCCACAGCAGAGGUGCUCACUGAUAGCCAGAUGUGGAACCCGAGUAUAAGCCAGAAAUUCUACUCGAGUAGUCUGUCCUGACAAAACUAAGUCCCUAUGUUUAGAAACAGGUGGUUUCCAAAAAUUAUCAACUGGGAAAAGAUAGUAUGUUCUAUAGUGGAUUAAGUAAGUAUUAUACUAGUCUUGUUUUUAACAUUGUUUGUUUUUCCUGUUUUUAAGUUCAGGGAACAUUAUUUACUAAUUCUUUUCAAUACUUGGCAAGGCAUUAAAAUCUACCCUGAAUUUUUUUAAUUAAGAAAAAAUACAGAAUUUUAAUAUGGAAAUGAGAAGUUUAAAUAAUAUAUUGAUUAUGUAUCACUGGUCAUAUUGAUGCAGUCUAUUGUACUCAGAAAGAAAAGUUGACAGGCUUUUAUCUCUGGGUCAUUAGUGAAGGAGAGACAGUUAAAAUAGGUGUCUCUCUACUGUGUGCUCAGUGCACAUGUCAGAGGGCUGCCUUCCAUCUGUCUGUACAGAAAUAGUGCCAGAUGGUUUUGGAGAGCAGCUCAUAUCUAUCCAGAAAUCCCAUAAAGCUUGAACUACACUUCAGAAGGAGAUAUGAGUGAUAACAUCAGCAGAGUACACAAUUUUAAGACUGAGGUAGUAAUGAGGUUUUUUUCCUCUUUGAACAGAAGAUGUGUUUUGGAUUUUUCUGCUCUAAGCACAUCGUCCCUGUGGCUUGGUGGGAAUGCUUUCUUGUGUUUAUUUGAGGGUUGUAGAAGUGGGCAGUGCUCUUCUUGGUGAGCAGACCUUCCAUCUGUCUGAGAGUUGUGCUUGAGAAGCAGUGUAGUCAAGUGCUUUAGUAGGUCUCAUGGCAUAUGAUGCUCAAGGAGUUUGCUACUAAUAACACACCAUAAACCAUUGCUCUGAUGUUAGGGAGAGGCACCAAUAGCACUUACUGUGCCCCACAGCUCAUUGGAGUCACAACCCAGUGAGGCUUGUUCAUUGAUUUCUCUGUUUUUGUAGGAGACCUAGCCAGAGAGAAAUUAAAUGCCUCACCUAAGGGUCAUAUUGUUAGUGAAGUGAUGAGAUUUGUCUGUAAGAUUUAUCCCUGUGUUUUGUUUGGUUUCCCAGGCAAGAAUACCCCUACUGUCAAGUACUCUGUGUUUUCCAUGCCUUUUUUUCUUGUAUAUUGCUAGAGUACAGACCUGAGCCCAUGGCUACAUUUGUAACAUGAGAGAGAGGCCUGUGUGUGGCUUGAGAGUGCACCAGAGUGCCCCACCACUGUGACUCACAGGAAUACACAUGCAUCUCCAUUGCCUUCCCCAGCCCCAUAGUAUUCCUUGACUUCUCUUCUUCCUUUGAUUUACAGUGAAUCACAGAACACAGUUGACUGAGGAACAGUUGUAAAGGCUGGCAGAAAGUGGCAUACCGCUGUAAUAGCUAAGUAUUGUUUUGUGAACUUUCCCAGAUAGCCGUGUGAGAUAUGCUGAAUGAACUUUCUUACUGUGGAUAGCCAAGUUUAAACCUGUUGCUGUGGGUGCACUGGAGGGAACAGGCGUCUCCAGUCCAUUGUCCUUUGUAAGCUCUAAGGUCUUGGUUUUCCGUGGAAGAGUUAGUUACUGCUGUUCAUAGGAUCUCAGAGAAAACCCAAACCCACUGCCUUGCUUACCUGUGAAAUGGAUUGAUUUCUGAGAGGUGUGUCGCAUGGAGCUUCUUGAGAAUGCAGUCUGUGUCUGUGUCUCUAGGCUCUGACAUUUUAACAGAUUCUCUACAAAUACUUGUUGGUUAUAUGACCCAGUGUUUUGGAAAGUUACACUCUUUUCUUUAGAAGGUAGUGGGGCCCAAUACAUGAGGUGCCAGUAACUCUUCGAAAGCCUGUCUCAGGAGGUCCUUUGACAUGCCCUAGAGGACAGCCUCUGCAUCCAACUUGUAGGAUGUAGUUCAGCCAGUCAGAUCAUUCAUCGUGGGUGUGACUCUCAUGUUUGCAGUGACAUUUUGGGUCUUAGUCACAGUUGGGGAAGUGGUAUACCUGUGAUUGAGUUCUAGGAACAAUACUAACUGAAUGUAAUGGAAAAUGGAAGGCCCUGAGAAUUAAAACCUGUUAGUUCUCAGUAUAACAGAUAUGUUGGGGACUCCUGCAAUAGAAAAUCCAGGCCUUUGUGGAGCUUAUAAACUUAACACAGAAGACAACAAUAUGCAAAUAAACUUAAAUAUCCCUUAAUUAAAUAAAAGUAAUAUUUGAGGAAAAAUAAUAGGACUGUGAAGAGCAUUGCCAUUUUAGGUUAAAUGGGCUGAGAAACUCUCAUUGGUAAGGGUAAUCAGUUUGGCAUAUGGGAACAAGCUGUGUGGACCAGCUGUAGGGAAAGGCAAGAGGCUGCCAGUGGUAAGGGCCCAGAGCCAGUGAAGAACUUGGUUUGCUCAGGCAGCUUUGAAGACAGGCAUUGUGGCUUGAGCCAAAUGGAGGAGAGGGAGGGUCCAGUUGAUGGUGUCAGGGAGGGCACAGCUUGAACAUAGGUCAUAGCCAGGGAGUUUACAUUUGUGUUCUGAAGUUGUCCACAUACAUGCACAACCUUUUGCUAGGCAGAAAAUGCUAAGGUCCUUUCAUGUUUUAAAAUCCUAUGACUUCAACAUACUGGUGCCACUUGAGUCAUUCACAAGAGCAGUGUGUGUUUUAGUUGUUCUUUGGAAAACUGAUUUGCAUUCCCAGGUACUGAUUUCUGUUGGAGUUUUCCAAAGUAGCUGCCAACUCCCCUGUGGAACCCCGGGCUGGCUUGCCUAUGUGUCUGCUGCCUCAUUUCCUCAUCCAGAGCUGUGGGCACAGUGUUUGCCACUGUGUGUGUUUUGUGUUUGGAGUCACUUGUUAACAUUUUUACCCUGUAGCAGCACUUUCCACCUGUGCUCAGAUACUCAUAUUCCCUAUCAAGAGUGCGACAGCUUGGGGUAAUGUAAGCAGCUGACAGCUGUGGGAAUUUGGGAACAGGAUGUACCCUUUCUGGUAAUAGAGGCCUAAUUGUAACCAAAGAAACUUAAUUUCUUGUCUAGCACACACUGACAUUUCUGUUUAGAAACAGUGCUAGGAGAAAAGAAAUACGAAAAUGACCAUGUAUCAUGAAUAUAUUAACAAUUUCUCUGUAAUAGCUCAGAUCUGGUCUAUGGCCAAAGUUCAAACCAUAUAAGUGGAUCAUAAUUUUAAAUUUCGACUGUGUUUGUUUCUGUUUGGAUGAAAGCUUUCAGAGGCUUUCCAGAGUGAUGUGAGUUACAAAUAAAUAGAGAAAGAGUUA